GUUCUUUGUGAACCUACCUCAUCUCGGGUCUAUUUGUCUCCCCUCCCUCUUUGUGAAAGGGUUUGCCGUUUCUGCCAGCAGGACGCUUAAUAUCGGAUUCCUAUUCCGCUUGUGGGCUGGAUGCGGUGAGGUUGAGAAUUCAAUUCACCAGAAUUCCUGCAUGUGUUCGGGGCCUCUGAUAAUUACCAGUCCAUGCUCCUUCUUGUCGAUAUCCCACUAAAAAUCGAUAUUUCUGCUCUUCAGACCUUUUGACUUGAUCAACCUUCAUUUUACCUCUCGACCUGAACCACGAUCCUAAUCAAACAUCUUGCCAGAAGACUUUUGUCAUUUGUUCUGUAACCUCGCUUUGUCCGAGACUCACCUAAUUCCACCCAAUUCAUCAUGCUGGCCUCGCCAGCUAUGCCCGACUCUGCCACAGGGUGUGCUACUCAGGCGGCCUGCGACCAUAUCAUUGUGAAGUGCGCUGUCGAGAGUUUCGAUCCGGAUAAGCACCUUGCUUUCAAGGAGGCUCCCGAGAUCUUGACCAUGAAGGACAUCGGCUAUCCCGAAGACACCGGCGUGUCCCCAGUGGCGAUGAGCCAACCUUUCCAACUCUUCACCAAGGAGGCGGUCGAUCAGAUGCGACAGGAGAUCUUCAAGAAGGAAGUCAAUGAGACUUGCCAAUUCCGCAGCAAUAUUGCAGCAUCCCAGCUUCGAGGUUAUGCUGGCCGCUUUGCUCCCUUCACCUAUGACGCUUGGACUCACCCAAAGACCCUCGCCAUCAUGUCCAAGAUCGCAGGGGUGGAGCUCACUGUUGUGGUUGACUACGAGAUUGGCCAUAUCAACUUUGCCGUCAAGAGCAAGAAGCAAGUUCAACAGGAGAUCGACAUGAUCAAUGCUCAGAAAUGCUUCUUCGCCUCGGAUGAAGGCAUUUCCGGCUGCCCAUGGGAGGACGAUAAGCCGGUGGUCGGAUGGCACCGGGACAGCUACCCUUUCGUCUGUGUCUUGAUGUUGUCUGACUGCACCAACAUGGUCGGAGGAGAGACUGCGAUUCAAAAGCCUGACGGCACUGUCAUCCGCGUUCGCGGACCCGGCAUGGGCUCUGCUAUCAUCCUCCAAGGCCGCUACAUCACCCACCAGGCUCUCCGAGCUCUUGGUACCCGGGAGCGCAUCACCUCCGUGACCUCCUUCCGACCCAAGGAUCCUUUCGCUGCCGACGCUACCGUCUUGAACACCGUCCGCCAGAUCUCCGACGUGUCAAUGCUCUACCACCAGUUCGCCGAAUACCGUCUCCAAAUCAUGGAGGACCGCAUCCGCGCCAAGCUUCGAGAAAUGGAGCGCCGGCAACGAGCGGGCAAGAAGUUCGCAACGUCCGAUUUCAAGGCCUUCUUGAAGGAGCAGACCAAGUUCCUCGCUCACAUGAACAGCGAGAUGGUGGAUGAAGAUAUGAUUGCGUCGGGGUACAUUGAGGAGAUGAAUAUUCCGGAUGUCGUCGUCGAUGUGAACCAAGGGGGCAUGGAGCGUCCUACCAAGCGCACCCGUACGGACUGAGGGAUCGACUUCUGAUAAUAGACGGAAAAUGGGCAGCGGCAGAUCGGUUGGCAUUCUUGUUUUCACAAAUAGUUUUCGACUUUCGUUUACAUGUAGCAUGAGCUUGUUACGGGAUGGGAAAAAGCAGUGGUACGGGGAAAAGCAGUACUAUGAGAAAGCGGUAAUGGGAAAAAGCGAGAGAGAAUAUGGAUAAACGGCCUGUCAAUAAAUUAAUUCACAUCCCCUCUGCACCCGAGUUCCGAUAUCGUGCCAACUGCGAGUCUGUGACUCCCAUGAGUUGAGGUCAAAUCUAAGUACAAGGCUCAUGGAUGAUAGAAUGUAUUAGUCCAGCGAUGAUCCAGCAUAGCCGC